GCAGAUGGCUGAUCGCUGUUCGGUGUGACUGUGACCCGCGGGUGUAUGGGUGGAAUGACACUUACCUUCCUACAUUUGUAAUCUAAACAAGGAAAGAAAAUGUCUUUUGUACCUCCGCCUGGACCCACUGUGGUCGACCAAACCACUCUGAUGAAGAAAUACCUCCAGUUUGUUGCUGCCCUUACAGAUGUCAAUACACCUGAUGAAACAAAGUUGAAAAUGAUGCAAGAGGUCAGCGAGAACUUUGAGAAUGUAACCACAUCGGCCCAGUACUCUACAUUUCUGGAACACAUUAUCCCUCGAUUUCUCACAUUUCUACAAGACGGAGAAGUUCAAUUUCUUCAGGAAAAGCCUGCUCAGCAACUUCGGAAGUUGGUUUUAGAAAUAAUUCACCGAAUACCCACAAACGAACACCUACGGCCGCAUACCAAAAACAUUCUGUCUGUUAUGUUCCGUUUUCUUGAGACUGAGAAUGAAGAGAACGUUUUAAUCUGUCUGAGAAUCAUCAUUGAGCUGCACAAGCAAUUCAGACCUCCUAUCACACAAGAGAUUCAUCAUUUUUUGGACUUUGUGCGACAGAUUUAUAAAGAGUUGGCCAAGGUUGUGAAUCGCUACUUUGAGAACCCAGCUGUGAUUCCUGAUAACACUAUUCCUACACCCGAUAUGGUUGGAAUGAUUUCCACCAUCAUCGUAAAAGUAAACCCAGAACGUGAAGAUAGUGAAACCAGAACGCACACCAUCAUCCCGAAGGGAUCCCUUUCUUUAAAGGUGUUGGCUGAGCUUCCCAUAAUUGUCGUUCUCAUGUAUCAGCUCUAUAAACUAAACAUUCACAACAUGGUGUCUGAGUUUGUUCCGUUGAUUAUGAGCACAAUAGUAACCCAGGUAUCCAGCAAUGCCAGGCAGCAUAAGUUAUACAAUAAGGAGCUCUAUGCUGACUUUAUAGCCGCUCAGAUCAAAACCCUGUCCUUUCUGGCUUACAUCAUCAGAAUCUAUCAGGACACUGUUGCAAAACAUUCUCAGCAGAUGGUGAAAGGGAUGCUGCAGUUACUGACCAACUGUCCACCCGAAACAGCACACCUACGCAAAGAGCUUCUCAUCGCUGCCAAGCACAUCCUUAGCACAGAUUUAAGAAGCCAAUUUAUCCCAUGCAUGGACAAGCUGUUUGACGAAUCUAUCCUUAUUGGCUCAGGGUACACAGCCCGGGAGACUCUCAGGCCUCUGGCGUACAGCACACUUGCCGAUCUUGUGCAUCAUGUGAGGCAGCAUCUCCCCCUCAAUGACCUCUCCCUCGCUGUCCAGCUCUUUGCCAAAAAUAUCGAUGACGAGUCAAUACCCAGCAGCAUCCAGACCAUGUCCUGCAAGCUUCUGCUAAAUCUGGUGGAUUGUAUCCGCUCCAAAAGUGAACAGGAGAAUGGGAACGGACGUGAUAUUCUGAUGAGAAUGCUUGAGGUAUUUGUUCUGAAGUUUCACACCAUCGCUCGCUAUCAGUUGUCUGCAAUCUUUAAAAAGUGCAAGCCCCAGUCAGAACUCGGGGCAGCAGAGACAAUCAUAGCUAAUGUCCCUGCCGCCGCCCCCGCCAAUGCCCUUCCUGCUGCUCCUGCCACUCCACUAACACAAGUUCCACUCCUGGUGUUUGACAAGCAAGGGGAGAAAGACAAAGAAGACAAACAGACAUUCCAGGUCACAGAUUGUCGUAGCUUGGUUAAAACGUUGGUCUGUGGUGUGAAGACAAUUACGUGGGGUAUUACAUCGUGUAAAGCGCCUGGAGAGGCACAGUUUGUUCCCAACAAGCAAUUGCAACCCAAAGAGACACAGAUUUAUAUCAAGCUGGUGAAAUAUGCAAUGCAAGCACUGGAUAUAUAUCAGGUCCAGAUUGCUGGAAAUGGACAGACCUACAUCCGUGUUGCCAACUGCCAAACGGUCCGAAUGAAGGAAGAGAAGGAAGUGCUGGAGCACUUUGCUGGGGUUUUUACCAUGAUGAAUCCUUUAACCUUUAAGGAGAUUUUCCAAACAACUGUCCCCUACAUGGUGGAGCGAAUAUCGAAGAACUACGCACUCCAGAUCGUUGCCAAUUCUUUCUUGGCGAAUCCCACCACAUCAGCCCUCUUUGCUACGAUCCUCGUGGAGUAUUUACUGGAGAGGCUUCCAGAAAUGGGAUCCAAUGUGGAGCUGUCCAACUUGUAUCUCAAGCUGUUUAAACUUGUGUUUGGCUCUGUCUCUCUCUUCGCUGCCGAUAAUGAACAAAUGCUUAAGCCUCAUUUGCACAAAAUAGUAAACAGUUCGAUGGACCUUGCUCAGACUGCCAAGGAACCUUACAACUACUUCCUGCUUCUACGAGCUCUCUUCAGGUCUAUUGGUGGGGGCAGCCAUGACCUCCUGUAUCAGGAGUUCCUGCCACUUCUGCCCAAUCUGCUGCAAGGUCUCAACAUGUUACAAAGUGGUCUUCACAAACAGCACAUGAAGGACCUCUUUGUUGAGCUGUGCCUCACUGUGCCAGUUCGCUUGAGCUCCCUGCUUCCAUACCUCCCCAUGUUGAUGGAUCCUUUAGUUUCUGCUCUGAAUGGUUCUCAGACUUUAGUAAGUCAGGGCCUGAGGACACUGGAACUAUGUGUGGACAACCUACAGCCAGACUUCCUCUACGAUCACAUCCAACCUGUUCGUGCUGAACUCAUGCAGGCUUUGUGGAGGACACUACGUAACCCAGCUGACAGCAUCUCGCAUGUAGCAUAUAGGGUUCUGGGUAAAUUUGGGGGAAGCAACCGGAAAAUGCUGAAAGAAUCCCAAAAGCUCCAGUAUGUAUUAACAGAAAUCCAGGGACCCAGUAUCACCGUAGAAUUUGCAGAUUGCAAAGCCUCUCUCCAGCUACCGAUGGAAAAGGCUAUUGAAACCGCACUGGACUGCUUGAAAAGCGCCAAUACCGAGCCGUAUUAUAGGAGGCAAGCUUGGGAGGUCAUCAAGUGUUUCCUGGUGGCAAUGAUGAGUUUGGAUGAUAACAAACAUGCACUGUAUCAGCUGCUAGCACAUCCCAAUUUCACGGAAAAGUCGAUCCCCAGCGUCAUUAUUUCACACAGAUACAAAGCUCAGGACACUCCAGCGCGUAAAACAUUUGAACAAGCAUUGACUGGUGCCUUUAUGUCAGCUGUCAUCAAAGAUUUGAGGCCGAGUGCUCUUCCAUUUGUAGCCAGCUUGAUUCGUCACUACACUAUGGUCGCUGUUGCACAGCAGUGUGGGCCCUUCCUUCUGCAGUGUUACCAGGUCGGCAGCCAGCCCAGCACAGCCAUGUUUCACAGCGAGGAGAAUGGCUCCAAGGGCAUGGACCCACUGGUGCUCAUUGAUGCCAUAGCGAUUUGCAUGGCGUACGAAGAAAAGGAACUGUGCAAGAUUGGAGAAGUGGCGUUGGCCGUGAUAUUUGACGUUGCCAGUAUUAUUUUGGGAUCCAAAGAAAGGGCAUGCCAGCUCCCUCUGUUUUCCUAUAUUGUGGAGAGGUUGUGUGCUUGUUGUUACGAGCAGGCCUGGUACGCAAAGCUAGGCGGUGUGGUGUCCAUUAAAUUCUUGAUGGAGCGCCUGCCUCUGAUCUGGGUCCUUCAAAAUCAGCAAACCUUCCUUAAGGCCCUUCUUUUCGUCAUGAUGGACUUGACUGGAGAGGUUUCAAAUGGGGCAGUUGCAAUGGCAAAAACCACCUUGGAGCAGCUUCUAAUUCGAUGCGCAACUCCUUUGAAAGACGAGGAGAAAACUGAAGAGAUCUCAGCUGCACAAGAAAAAUCUUUUCACCAUGUGACACACGAUCUUGUACGGGAAGUGACCUCCCCGAACCCCACCGUGCGAAAACAAGCCAUGCACUCACUGCAAGUCCUGGCUCAGGUCACCGGGAAAAUUGUCACUGUCAUUAUGGAGCCUCACAAAGAGGUCUUGCAAGACAUGGUACCACCUAAAAAGCACCUGCUUCGACAUCAGCCAGCAAAUGCUCAGAUUGGGUUAAUGGAGGGUAACACAUUUUGCACAACACUACAGCCCAGACUGUUUACCAUGGACUUAAAUAUCGUAGAGCACAAAGUCUUUUUCCAAGAGCUAAUAAACUUGUGUGAAGCAGAGGAUGCUGGUCUUGUGAAGCUUCCAUGCUACAAAAGCCUUUCCUCCCUGGUUCCUCUGAGAAUUGCUGCUUUAAAUGCAUUGGCCGCUUGUAACUAUUUGCCACUCUCAAGGGAGAAAAUUAUUGCAGCCCUAUUCAAAGCACUAAACUCUACAAAUAAUGAACUUCAGGAGGCGGGAGAAGCGUGCAUGAGAAAGUUUUUGGAAGGGGCCACCAUAGAGGUUGACCAAAUUCAUACGCACAUGAGACCCCUACUGAUGAUGCUGGGCGAUUAUCGCAGCUUGACCCUCAAUGUCGUCAACCGUCUGACCUCCGUAACACGGCUUUUUCCAAACUCCUUUAAUGAUAAAUUCUGUGAUCAGAUGAUGCAACACCUCCGCAAAUGGAUGGAAGUGGUUGUAAUCACUCACAAGGGAGGACAGAGAGGAGAAGGAAAUCCUGCCGUGGAAGGGGUAGAGGAGAUGAAAAUUUGUUCGGCAAUCAUAAACCUUUUCCACUUGAUUCCUGCUGCCCCUCAAACUUUGGUGAAACCUUUGCUUGAAGUUGUGAUGAAGACUGAACGAGCCAUGCUGAUCGAGGCAGGAAGUCCGUUUAGAGAGCCCUUGAUAAAGUUCUUGACACGUCACCCAUCUCAGACUGUUGAACUCUUUAUGAUGGAAGCUACAUUGAAUGACCCACAGUGGAGUCGGAUGUUUAUGAGCUUUUUAAAACAUAAAGACGCCAAGCCACUGCGGGAUGUGCUGGCCGCCAACCCCAACCGUUUCAUCACACUCCUUUUGCCCGGAGUGACGCAGACUUCGGUCCGACCUGGCUCCCCUAGCACCAGUACCAACACAAUGCGACUUGAUCUACAGUUCCAGGCUAUUAAGAUAAUCAGCAUUAUAGUUAAGAAUGAUGAUGCUUGGCUGGCAAACCAACAUUCACUCGUGAGUCACUUGAGACGAGUAUGGGUGAGUGAAGCAUUCCAAGAGCGACAUCGGAAAGAUAACAUGGUGGCAACAAACUGGAAGGAGCCCAAGCUGCUGGCGUUCUGCCUCCUUAACUACUGCAAGAGAAAUUUUGGAGACAUCGAACUGCUUUUCCAGCUUCUGCGAGCAUUCACUGGCCGUUUCUUGUGCAAUAUGACCUUUCUAAAGGAGUACAUGGAAGAAGAGAUUCCGAAGACCUACAACAUUCCACAGAAACGGGCGCUCUUCUUCCGCUUUGUUGAAUUCAAUGAUUCCAACUUUGGAGACGAACUAAAAGCUAAGGUGUUGCAACACAUUCUCAACCCAGCCUUUUUGUACAGCUUUGAGAAAAAUGAAGGGGAACAACUUUUGGGGCCACCAAACCCUGAAGGCGAUAACCAGGAGAGCAUCACCAGCGUAUUUAUAACUAAGGUGCUGGACCCAGAGAAACAGACAGACAUGCUGGAUUCACUCAGAAUCUACCUCCUGCAAUUUGCCACACUCCUGGUGGAGCAUGCACCUCAUCACAUUCAUGACAAUAACAAAAACCGGAACAGCAAGCUGCGUCGCCUCAUGACAUUUGCCUGGCCUUGCUUGCUUUCAAAAGCCUGUGUGGAUCCUGCUUGCAAGUACAGUGGCCACCUACUCCUGGCGCACAUUAUUGCCAAGUUUGCUAUUCAUAAGAAGAUUGUCUUACAGGUUUUUCACAGCCUGCUUAAGGCCCAUGCAAUGGAGGCUAGAGCCAUUGUCCGGCAAGCUAUGGCUAUCUUAACCCCUGCAGUGCCCGCACGGAUGGAAGAUGGACACCAGAUGUUAACACACUGGACACGAAAAAUAAUUGUAGAGGAGGGCCACACUGUCCCACAGUUGGUCCACAUUCUGCAUUUAAUAGUGCAGCAUUUUAAGGUUUACUACCCAGUUCGGCACAAUCUGGUCCAACAUAUGGUGAGUGCAAUGCAACGCCUGGGAUUCACGCCUAGUGUUACUAUAGAACAAAGGAAAUUGGCUGUUGAUCUGGCAGAAGUGGUCAUCAAAUGGGAACUUCAGCGGCUAAAAGAACAGCCUGAUUCCGAAAUGGAAGCAAAUACCGGAGGAGAUAGUGGAAGCUCUGGUGUGGGUGGUGUGAAGAGGAGCUUGACUGUGGAUGCUGGCCAGGACGUAAAACGGUUUCGAACUACUGCUGGAGGGAUUAGUGCGGUUUUUGGCCGCAGUCAAUCUAUUACAGGCACGGAAGCUGCGCAGUUGAAGGCGAUUGAAAAGCAGCACACAGACACGGUUGUGAAUUUCCUUAUAAGGAUAGCUUGCCAGGUAAACGACAACUCAAACACUGCCGGCUCCCCAGGAGAAUUGCUCUCUCGUCGCUGUGUUACCUUGUUGAAGACAGCCUUACGCGCUGACAUGUGGCCCAAAUCAGAGCUGAAACUGCAAUGGUUUGAUAAGCUGCUAAUGACAGUGGAACAGCCCAACCAAGCUAACUUUGCAAACAUCUGUACUGGACUGGAGGUUCUCAGUUUCCUGCUUACGGUGCUGCAAAACCCAGCUAUUCUCAGCAGCUUCAAACCUCUGCAGAGGGGGAUCUCUGCCUGCAUGACCUGCGCCAACACCAAGGUUCUCCGCGCCGUUCACACUCUCCUCUCACGGCUAAUGAGUGUCUUUCCUACUGAACCCAGUACAUCAAGUGUUGCAUCAAAGUAUGAGGAGCUCGAAUGCUUAUAUGCUGCAGUCGGAAAAGUCAUAUACGAAGGUCUUACGAACUACGAGAAGGCGACCACUGCCAACCCAUCGCAGAUUUUUGGUACUUUAAUGAUUUUGAAGUCCGCCUGCAGCAAUAACCCAAGCUACAUAGACCGUCUAAUAUCCGUCUUCAUGCGUUCCCUUCAGAAGAUGGUAAGGGAACAUUUGAAUCCUCAGGCUACCCCAGGAACAGCAGAAGCCAACCCAGCAGGUACAAGUGAAUUGGUAAUGCUGAGUCUGGAGCUGGUGAAGACUCGCUUGCCAGUAAUGAGCAUGGAAAUGAGGAAAAAUUUCAUUCAAACCAUCUUGACGUCUCUCAUUGAAAAAUCCCCAGAUGCCAAAAUCCUCCGAGCGGUAGUUAAAAUAGUGGAGGAGUGGUUGAAAAACAACACACCCAUGGCAGCAAAUCAGACUCCUACACUUCGAGAAAAAUCAAUUCUGUUGGUGAAAAUGAUGACCUACAUAGAGAAACGGUUUCCAGAAGAUCUUGAACUAAAUGCUCAGUUUUUAGAACUUGUUAAUUAUGUUUACAGGGAUGAGAACCUUUCUGGAAGUGAGCUGACUGCGAAGUUAGAACCAGCUUUCCUCUCGGGCCUGCGAUGUUCUCAGCCCCUCAUCCGGGCUCGUUUCUUUGAGGUUUUUGACACUUCGAUGAAGCGUCGCGUUUACGAUCGUCUGCUCUACCUCACGUGCUCACAAAACUGGGAGGCUAUGGGAAAUCAUUUUUGGAUCAAGCAGUGCAUUGAGCUCCUGCUGGCGGUGUGCGAGCGCAUCACUACGAUUGGCACUAGCUGUCAGGGGGCCAUGCUUCCAUCUAUCACUAAUGUCAUCAAUCUAGCAGACAGUCACGAUCGAGCUGCCUUUGCCAUGGUAACCCACGUCAAACAGGAGCCCAGGGAGAGGGAGAACAGCGAAUCUAAGGAAGAGGAUGUGGAAAUUGAUAUUGAACUUGCACAGGGGGAUCAGAGUACCAACCCCAAAACUAAAGAGUUGUCUGAGAAAGAUAUAGGAAACCAACUACACAUGCUGACCAACAGACACGACAAAUUCCUGGAUUCUCUGCGAGAAGUCAAGACAGGAGCACUGCUAAGCGCCUUUGUCCAGUUGUGCCAUAUUUCCACUCCACUUGGCGAAAAGAUUUGGGUUCAGCUUUUCCCCAGAGUAUGGAAGAUCUUAUCUGACCGACAGCAGCAUGCCCUAGCUGGGGAAAUCAGCCCUUUUUUGUGCAGCGGUAGCCACCAGGUGCAGAGAGAUUGCCAGCCAAGCGCGUUGAACUGUUUUGUGGAAGCUAUGUCUCAGUGCGUGCCACCUAUCCCCAUGAGACCCUGUGUCUUGAAAUACUUGGGAAAGACCCACAAUCUGUGGUUCCGCUCUACCCUUAUGCUGGAGCAUCAGGCUUUUGAGAAAGGUCUGAGUCUUCAGAUCAAACCAAAGCAAACUACUGAGUUCUACGAACAAGAGAGCAUAACCCCACCGCAGCAAGAAAUCCUGGAUUCUUUGGCCGAGUUGUAUUGUCUUCUCCAAGAGGAGGACAUGUGGGCUGGCUUAUGGCAGAAACGUUGCAAAUUCCCAGAAACCUCAACUGCUAUCGCUUACGAGCAGCAUGGCUUCUUUGAACAGGCUCAAGAAUCGUAUGAAAAAGCAAUGGAGAAAGCCAAAAAAGAACAUGAAAGAAGCAACGCAUCUCCUGCUGUUUUUCCAGAAUAUCAGCUGUGGGAAGACCAUUGGAUUCGAUGCUCGAAAGAAUUGAACCAAUGGGAGUCAUUAACGGACUAUGGCCAGUCAAAAGGCCACAUAAAUCCCUACCUUGUCCUGGAAUGCUCGUGGAGAGUGUCAAAUUGGACUGCAAUGAAAGAAGCGCUCGUACAGGUGGAGCUCAGUUGCCCUAAGGAGAUGGCAUGGAAAGUUAACAUGUAUCGAGGAUAUUUAGCAAUUUGCCACCCCGAGGAACAGCAGCUGAACUACAUUGAGCGCUUGGUUGAGAUGGCAAGCAGUCUGGCAAUUCGGGAAUGGAGGAGACUUCCGCAUGUUGUAUCUCAUGUUCAUACACCUCUGUUACAGGCAGCUCAGCAAAUUAUUGAACUUCAAGAAGCUGCUCAGAUUAAUGCAGGAUUGCAGCCUGCGAAUUUGGGAAGAAACAACAGUCUCCAUGACAUGAAAACCGUGGUGAAAACAUGGCGGAAUAGACUUCCCAUCGUAUCAGACGACUUGUCUCACUGGAGCAGCAUUUUCAUGUGGAGACAACACCAUUACCAAGCAAUUGUUAAUGCCUAUGACAACAGUACUCAGCAUGAUCCGAGUUCAAACAAUGCUAUGUUGGGUGUCCACGCCUCAGCUUCCGCGAUUAUCCAGUACGGCAAGAUCGCUCGUAAGCAAGGCUUGGUGAAUGUGGCGCUGGACAUACUUAGCCGCAUUCACACCAUUCCCACAGUGCCAAUUGUAGACUGCUUUCAGAAGAUUCGGCAGCAAGUGAAAUGUUACCUACAACUGGCGGGUGCCAUGGGGAAAAAUGAAUGCAUGCAGGGUUUAGAGGUAAUUGAAUCCACCAACUUGAAAUAUUUUACCAAGGAAAUGACUGCAGAGUUCUACGCACUAAAGGGAAUGUUUCUGGCACAAGUUAACAAAUCUGAAGAUGCCAACAAGGCUUUUUCUGCAGCAGUGCAGAUGCAUGAUGUGCUUGUCAAAGCCUGGGCGAUGUGGGGUGACUACCUGGAGAAUAUCUUUGUCAAAGAGCGGCAGUUACAUCUGGGUGUAUCGGCCAUCACUUGCUACCUUCACGCUUGCCGUCACCAGAAUGAGAGCAAGUCCAGGAAAUACUUGGCAAAAGUCCUGUGGCUUCUGAGUUUUGACGACGAUAAGAAUACGCUGGCAGAUGCAGUUGACAAAUAUUGCAUUGGAGUGCCACCCAUCCAAUGGCUAGCAUGGAUCCCGCAGCUACUAACAUGUCUGGUUGGCUCUGAAGGCAAGCUCCUUCUGAACCUCAUCAGUCAAGUUGGACGAGUAUAUCCGCAAGCUGUCUAUUUCCCCAUCAGGACUCUCUACUUAACACUGAAGAUCGAGCAGAGGGAGCGUUACAAAAGUGAUUCAGGCCAGCAUCAACCAAGCUCAGUAGGAACUCAGUCCCAUUCUGCCUCGGACCCAGGGCCAAUAAGAGCCACAGCACCUAUGUGGAGAUGCAGCCGGAUAAUGCACAUGCAGAGGGAACUUCACCCCACUCUCUUGUCCUCUUUGGAGGGCAUUGUAGACCAGAUGGUUUGGUUCCGGGAAAACUGGCACGAAGAGGUCCUCAGACAGCUGCAGCAGGGGCUGGCAAAAUGUUAUUCGGUGGCCUUUGAGAAGAGCGGAGCGGUCUCUGAUGCAAAAAUCACCCCUCACACCCUGAACUUUGUGAAAAAGCUAGUCAGCACCUUUGGUGUGGGUCUGGAGAAUGUUUCUAAUGUCUCCACCAUGUUCUCCAGCGCAGCCUCAGAGUCGCUCGCCAGAAGGGCCCAGGCAACCGCUGCAGACCCAGUGUUUCAGAAGCUAAAAAGCCAAUUUACAACAGAUUUUGAUUUCAGUGUGCCAGGCUCCAUGAAACUCCACAAUCUGAUUUCUAAACUGAAGAAGUGGAUUAAGAUACUGGAGGCCAAAACCAAACAGUUGCCUAAAUUCUUCCUCAUUGAAGAGAAAUGUCGCUUCCUGAGCAACUUCUCGGCACAGACAGCAGAGGUCGAGAUCCCAGGAGAGUUUCUUAUGCCAAAACCUACACAUUAUUACAUCAAAAUUGCAAGAUUUAUGCCUCGAGUUGAGAUUGUCCAGAAACAUAAUACAGCGGCACGAAGACUUUACAUCCGUGGCCACAAUGGGAAGAUUUAUCCAUAUCUGGUCAUGAACGAUGCCUGCUUGACAGAGUCCAGAAGAGAGGAACGGGUCCUACAGCUACUCCGCCUUUUAAAUCCCUGUUUAGAGAAAAGAAAAGAAACUACAAAACGCCACCUUUUCUUCACAGUCCCCCGUGUCGUGGCAGUUUCACCACAGAUGCGUCUUGUCGAAGACAAUCCUUCUUCUCUCUCCUUGGUGGAAAUCUAUAAGCAGCGCUGUGCCAAAAAAGGCAUUGAGCAUGAUAACCCUAUUUCACGAUACUAUGACAGAUUGGCCACAGUUCAAGCGCGAGGGACCCAAGCCAGUCAUCAGGUGCUGCGCGACAUACUGAAAGAAGUGCAGGGUAACAUGGUGCCGCGCAGUAUGCUUAAGGAGUGGGCUUUGCACACCUUCCCCAAUGCCACCGACUAUUGGACAUUCCGAAAGAUGUUUACCAUCCAGCUGGCUUUGAUCGGCUUUGCAGAAUUUGUCUUUCAUUUGAACAGACUGAAUCCAGAGAUGCUACAGAUUGCACAGGACACCGGCAAACUGAAUGUUGCCUAUUUCCGAUUUGAUAUAAAUGAUGCUUCGGGAGACCUGGAUGCCAAUCGUCCCGUCCCUUUCCGGCUCACGCCAAACAUUUCAGAGUUUCUCACCACAAUUGGAGUGUCCGGGCCGCUCACUGCUUCCAUGAUUGCUGUGGCACGUUGCUUCGCACAGCCCAAUUUCAAGGUUGACGGCAUUCUGAAAACGGUGCUCCGAGAUGAAAUAAUUGCUUGGCACAAAAAGACACAAGAGGACACCUCUUCUCCUCUCUCACCGGCUGGGCAACCUGAGAAUAUGGACAGCCAGCAGCUAGUUUCACUGGUUCAAAAAGCCGUAACCGCCAUCAUGACCAGACUGCACAACCUAGCUCUGUUUGAUGGAGGGGAGAGCAAAGUAAACACCCUGGUUGCGGCCGCUAACAGCCUGGAUAACUUGUGCCGCAUGGAUCCCGCAUGGCAUCCCUGGCUAUAACAGGACUCAGUUUUGUUUUUCUCGGCCACCAUCCCCAAAACACUAUUCGAAACAAUUUGUCAACCAAGAGGUCCAUGGUGACUGCCAUUAUGUACACAAUCAGGGUUUUCCAAGCUGUGAAAUACGAAGACUACCUUUGUCAACGACUGACCUGACAGUGCCAUGAUGUCAAAUUAGCCAUAUUCUACACAUGCACUUUGAUUUGGCCAUUGUCAGCGGUUCUUGAACUAAGCCACCUGCUUCUCGGGCAGAUAAAGCAAUGUUCUUUAAAGCAUACUGGAUGACUCCCCCCUUCUUCUCCUCCUCUUCGCCAAGUCUUCUUAAGGGUGAUGGGCAUUAUUUUGCAGCAAACUGCUAGUCUCCAAGGAAGCUAAUCAUGUUUACAGAACUUUUCUUUUUUUUUUUUUUUUCUGCUGAUGUCAUUAAGUGGUACGCUUUUUACAAAGAAAAAAAAAAUAUUGAUUUUCUUCACGUUCAAAAACAUUUCAAAGCGUUUUCUAAAAGCAGAUGUUGUGUAAGAAAGGGAAAAAAAAACACACACACACUCACAAAGGGACAAUGUACAGACACACUGUUUUUUUUGUUUCCUUUUUCUCUUCCCUAGCUAUAUUGUGUUACUGAAUUAUAUAAGGUAGAAAAUCAUAAACAGAUUCAACAUUUUUAUACUUUUUAACAAUGGCUUGUCCACAAUUCCUUGGGUGUUUGUCGACGUGACUUUGAUGCAUUCUCAUGCCAGGAAUGACUGUUAAAUUCUAUAAAGUUACUUUCUUCCUAAUGUUUAUUUUAAGAGAGAACUAAAAAGGAUAAAAUAAUAUAACUUGUAGAGAUAUUUUUUUGUUUUUGGUUAUAUAAACGUCUUGUAUAAAGCUGAACUUUUCAUCUAAUGUGAGCCAUCUUAAAGACUAUGAAAGCAAUUUGCAACAUGAAUGUAUGUGCAGUUUGAUGCCACAGGUAAGUCUGCACAAAAGUAAUUUCUCCAGAGAGCUGGCAACUAUGUGUUUUCGUGGAAGUUUUGUUUUUGUACAGCUUUUGGGAUUAUUAUUUUAUAUAUAUAUAUAUAUAUAUAUAUAUGUGCAUUCAUUGAAUUUGUCUUUAAACAAAUCAAUCUGUUAAUGAAAUGAGUUGUCCAAAAGAGAAUUGGAUGUCAGUUAUUUGACAAGUUGGGAAACCGUUUCUCUAAACAAAACGAUUUGUUUAAAAACCAAUUAAAAGAGGUUUCCCGACGAAUCAAUUUUUUGUUUGUUGAAUCCGUUCAUUUAAAGGUGAAUGCAACAAAUGCAUUCGUCUAGUUUUGUAUUUUUUUUUCUUUUGACACAAGGAUUUUUAGACUUCUUGAUUUCUGCAUAAAUAUUGAGACAUUUUCAUUGACUUUGAUUUUUAAGAAAUGGCUAUGCUUUUGUCAUUCUUUGGGCCAUUUUUUAUAAUUCCUGCAGUAUUAAGAGAGAUUGUUCUUAACGAUAUUUGUACAUUUGUUUUUCAAAAUAAAUAUUUUGGAAAAUGCUUCAAUUGA